AUGUCGCCCAUCUACGAGUGGGCCAUGGAGUGGAUCAACACUCCAGCCAGCUUCAAGGGCAGCUCUGCGCGCAACUUCCUCGACGCCGCACCCGACUACCCGGUCUACACUGCCCUCCUGUACCUCAUCAUCGUCUUCAUUCUUUCUGGGCUGAUUGAGCGGCGUGCGUGGGCGUUUGACAUCACCUACCUCGUCGCUGCCUGGAACCUUGCCCUGUCUCUUCUGUCGGUGCUCGGUUCCUACCACUGCGUGCAGAACCUCUUCCACACAAUGUGGAUCGAAAAAAGCUUCCACAAGACGUGCUACGCGCAGCUGUCCGUGCGUCGUUCGACGAACUUUGGGGACAAACAAAUCCGCAACAACUACUACGCCCCAAGCCCGGGUGGCGCCUUCGACCACAGCAACAUCCACAAGCACAACCCCCGCAUCACGACAUACACGGACCAGCUGCUGGACAAGAACUAUGAUGGCCCGCGCGCCUUUUACACGGCGCUCUUUAUGUACCUCAAGACACCGGAGCUGCUCGACACGCUCUUCCUGGUGCUGCAGCGCAAGCCUGUCUCCUUCCUGCACUGGUAUCACCACAUCGUCACCGCCAUCUACGUGUGGCUGUCGUCGUACAUGCCGAUGCCGAGCGGCAUCGUCUUCUGCGCCAUGAACUACUUCGUGCACUCCUUCAUGUACUUCUACUACUUCCUCGUCAUGAUGGGGCUGCGCAAGUCGAUUCGCCCCUUCGCGCCGGUGAUCACGCUGCUGCAGGUGCUGCAGAUGUUCAUUGGCAUGUACGUCACCGUGUACACGUACUUCCAGUACUGGCUGGGCCCCGAGCACUGCAACACGCUCUUCUUCAAGCUCUCCGAGGUGGUGCUCAGCAACGCCUACUACGCCUACUGCAACGCGAAGAGCGUCGUGACGACGGGCGCGCGGGCGUCGCGUGUGCCCGCCUUCGACAUGUCUGACCGGUUCUGGGGCUGUGACAGCGACCCGACAUGCAUGCGCAUGGGCAUGCUGAUGUAUGGCAGCUACUGCGUGCUGUUUGCGGUGCUGUUCAAGGAGCUGUACCUGGACAAGCGCGUGCACGAGAACAGCCUCGUGCUGGCGCGCGCGCGCACUUCUCCAGCGAUCAAACGAACUGAGGCGGUCAACAAAGAAGACUAG